GGUAAAUGAAUGUGUGGCCCUACCCUAGCUGGGGGAGAAGAAAGGAAAUGAAUAUUGUGGUUGGAAGAGUAAUUUAGUCUUUCUGAAAGGCACAGGUAAGUUGCUGUACCCGGUUUCUCUUCUACAUAAGAGAGUAGAGGGCACAGAAGCAGGAGAGCUAGAAGAAGACAAACCUGCGGCCAGAAGAAGAGAGUUUGGCUGGGCAUGACAGGAAAAAGGCAAGGAGGGAGGAAACCAUAUUGAAGCUGCAGAUUAAGCAGAGUAUGAAAUGUGCAACAGUUGCUCAGUGAAGAGAGUGAGAGUGGAUUGAGAACAAAGACUCCACUUGCAACGGUGAGAAGGAGGCCACUUCGCUAUGGAUGACCCGAAUGAUGAGAAGACCCAAGGAAGUGUCCCUGCUGCACAGGACCCACCACCCUACUCUGACGAACAGCCCUACAAUGUCUCUGUUCUGAAGCAACCACCUCAUGAUGGGCCAGCAAACCCGGCCACGAUGCUGCAGUACCAGCCCCUCAUCCAACCACAGCAGCACAACAUUGUCAUUGUCCCUGUUCAACCCACCAAUGAACCAGAUUACCUGGCAUAUUCCAUCUUCACCAUGCUCUGUUGUUGCCUGCCUCUGGGAAUUGCAGCCCUGGUUUACUCUAUACAGACACGAGAUGCCAACCAUGCUGGGAACAGUGCUGAAGCUCGGAAGAAGUCCAGGAUGGCACAGAUCCUAGCCCACACGGCACUUGGCGUGGGGAUUGUAUUGAUCAUUGUAGGCAUUGUCUUGAGGGUGAUAAUAAUUAAAAACGAUUAGCAUUGUUGAGGACACUCACAAAGUGUUUGUCUGCUAAAGCACUUCCCCUUUCCCCCCUUGUUAAUUAAAAGUUUGUUUUUGUGACC